AUGGGAAGCAUCGGCACCGGAACAUGGCUCGACAAGCUUGAGGAGCAGUUGAACGUCGACGUCGACUGGAUGGACCCCGAGUACAUCAAGGGAAUGCCAAUCGUGCCUCACGACCAAACCAGCAACCAGCUCUGGGUAGACAUCCAGCUUGGAGAUGCCUCGAACAGAGAAAUGUUCCUUGAAACUGCCAAGGACCUCAAGGACCAGGGGUGGCUAGCCAUCUACACGCGCAUGGCUGUCUUGAUGUGCAAGAAGAACAUCAACUCUAUCAAAGGCCGUGUCCUCCUCCAAACCCUGCCCUCCAAAGCCUACGAGUUCCAAGACACGCUUGAUCACGCUCGUCUUUACGACCGCGAGUUUGCUCUUGCAGGCAUUGGCCGGGAUCGCUUCUGUAUCAAGAUUCCCUCCACUGGACCAGCUUUGAACGCUGCAAAGAUUCUUUCAGCCGAGGGUAUCCCUACUCUUGGAACUGCGCUCUUCAGUCUCCCGCAGGCGAUUGCCUGCAGUCAAGCUGGGAUGUUGUACAUCAGCCCAUACUACAACGAGGUUCGCGCACACGACGAGCUUGAGCUUUGGCCCGACGUGAAGGACCCCGCAACCGAGCAUCCCAUGUCGGCGCGCAUCGUCCAGAUCAUCAAUACAUACAAGCGUCUGUACAAAGAAACCGGAAAGGAGCAGCCCCUAGUGAAGAAUGCCAGUUUCAUCUCGGUCCAGGAGGCAAUGGCAGCGGCAGAAAUGGGCUGCCACUCUGCCACCAUCUCUCACACUGUCUUAAACGAGCUCGCGAAGCUUUCAUGGGAUGACAGCAAGCAACCCGGUGCCUACGUACCCAAGCCUGUCCACGUGUACAAGGAUGCUGGACCAGGUCCCGAGCGCCUCAAGAAACUUGCCAACAUUGACCCGCUUGCGGCAGCUGAGUGGGACGGCAAGCUUGCUUCGACUGACAUCGAUUAUCUCGCCAAUAGCGGCGAGGCUUUGCAAAAAGCCAUCAUGGCUGAUCCUGUGACGACUGCCCGACUUGCUGAUGCGUUGAAGCUUUUCACUGGCGGCGAGGAGCGCAGCAAGGCCAAGGUGGAAGAAGUUUUGAAGAUCAUCUAA